AUGCAGUCGCUCAAGUCUGCCCGCUUCCUCGAGAUCAAGAACGACCAGUUCAGCUACCCCGAGGGCUUCAAGUCCCCCAACCCAGCACUUAACCAGACUGGCAAGCGCGUUGGCAAGGAGUACGACAUGGAUUUCUUGCUCCAGUUCCAGAGCGUCUUCAAGGAGAAGCCCACAGUGGAUUGGGAUUCGAGAGUCAAGGAGACUCUUGGCGAGGGUGACAAUUCUGGUCGCCAAAACAGCCGUGGUGGUGCCAGCAUGGGUGGUCGCCAGCCCUCUAACAGAGGUGCUAACCAGUUCAGUGCCAUGGGCAACUUCGCCAGUGGCAACACCCGUACGCUCCCUGCCGGUACUACCUCAGCCGACCGUUUCAACGCUUCUACCAGAGGUGCUCCUAUGGGUAUGGGCCGUGGUGGUUUCCCUGCUCAAGGUUCUCUCAGCCGCACCAACUCUCUUCAGACCAUGGCCGGCAUGGGUGGCCCUGGUUCGCCUAGAACUAACACUUCCCGCAGAGGAGGCGGCAGCAAGCGUGGUAACCCCUCGCGUCACCACGACAGAGAAGAUGCCAACGCCGCCAAGAACAUGCCUCUUACUGCUGGUAUGGACCUCAAGCCUCUCGAGAAGUCUCAGAGUGGAUGGACGGCCCGCAGCAUUGGUGCACCCGCCGGCGCUGCCGCUCCCCCUCCUGACGGCCAGAUGCCUCCUGACAUGGUUCAGCGUAAGGUUAAGGCUGCUCUGAACAAGAUGACUCCCGAGAACUUCGAGAAAAUCUCAGACCAGAUCAUCGAGAUCGCCAACCAGUCCAAGAAGGAGACAGACGGUCGCACAUUGCGUCAAGUCAUUCAGCUCACCUUCGAGAAGGCCUGUGACGAGGCUCACUGGGCUGGUACCUAUGCCAAGUUCUGCUCCAAGAUGUUGACCAGUAUGAGCAACGAGAUUGUUGAUGAGACUAUCCGGGACAAGAGCGGUCAGCCCGUUGUCGGUGGUGGUCUUUUCAGAAAGUACUUGCUCAACCGCUGUCAAGAGGAGUUCGAGCGUGGUUGGGAAGCCAACCUUCCUCCCAUGCCCGAGGGCAAGGAGGCUACUCUGUUGUCUGACGAGUACUACAUUGCUGCUGCCGCCAAGAGAAAGGGUCUUGGUCUCAUUCAGUUCAUUGGUGAGCUUUACAAGCUCGGCAUGCUUACAGUCAAGAUUAUGCACCAGUGUGUUUUGAGACUGUUGAACUUUGAGGGCCAGCCUGAUGAAUCAGCCGUCGAGAACUUGUCCAAGCUUCUCAAGGCUGUUGGUGCUACUAUGGACAGCACCGAGCAAGGACACCAGCUCGUCAACGUCUACUACGACCGCGUUGCAAGCAUUCUUGACCAACACAAGGACAUGCCCAGCAGAUCGAGAUUCAUGCUCAUGGAUAUCAUCGAUCUCAGGAAGAACAACUGGAGAUCGAAGGACGCCGACAAGGGCCCCAAGACCAUUGAGGAGAUUCACGCAGAGGCCGAGGCCGCACAGGCCGCUGCCGAAGUCGAGAGACAAAGAAACAACAGCAACCGUGGAGGUCACGGUCGUGCUCCCAUGGGCCGUGGUGAUGCCCGCUCUUUCUCCGGUCACGGUGGCAUGCCUCCACCGGACUACCCCCGUAACCAAGUCGGUAUGGAUGACCUCCGUCGCCUCCAAGCCCGUGGUUCGCAACGUCAAGCCAGUGCUGGUCUUGGUCCUCAGCUCGGACCCAGCUCGCUAUUCAGCAGCUCCCGCAGCGGUAGCGGUCGUAAGGGUCUCGGUCCCCCUAGGGAUGGCGAGGGCUCUGGUCCCUCAUCCAGAUCAGGCACACCUUCGCAACAAAAGAAGGAGGAGACUACACACGUCAAUGCUUUCAGGUGA